AUGCACGGUGUUUAUGGGGUUGGUGGAAAGUCGGAUGGAGACAGAAGGACGUGGAAUUACGAUAAAGUGGAGAGAGGAGGGCGCCAGGGGUGGGAGCCCAACGUCGGCGCGGUGGGGGAACAGAAAAACGCGGUCCGUCGCUCGGUUGCAUAUGUAGUGGGAGAUGCCGAAGAGUGGCUCAGCCUGCUACCGGCGACCUCUGCUGCGUCUAUAGAGGAAGAGCGCGAUAAAGCAAGAACGGUUUCAAGUGCCAGCAAUCUUGGUGAAAACGCGGAAGCGUGUAGUCUUUGUGAUUCCAGGCAAGGCCUGGCCGCAAUAGCAGGAAGAACCCCAGAAGGCAGUCUUCCUCCUCAACAUUAUCCGAGCGCAACUCCUCUUCCUGCUGCAUCCACCACUGCCGCUGCACUUCCAGGAGUGCAGACUGACCAUGGCAGUAGCAACACUCUGAAGAGCAGCAGUCACAGCAGCAGCAGCACAGAGAUGGCACCUAAAGGCGGCGAACUUGCCGUUUUAAUGGUGGCAGAGAAGCCUUCCAUUGCGGAGACGCUGGCGAGCAUCUUGUCCAACAACAACUACACGAAAAGGAAAGGAAUAUCGCCCGUAACGAGUGUUUGGGAAUUUCGGGGAAACUUCGCGGGCGAACCGGUUCUCUUCAAGGUUACGUCCACUGCAGGCCACAUUUACCAAACAGAAUUUCCUCCAGCGUUCAAUGACUGGCAACGCGUUGAUCCUUUGGAGCUGUUUGACGCCCCCGUGGUGAAGACGGAAGCGCAGCCAAAGCAUCGCUUGCCGCGGCACCUGCAGGAGGAGGCGAAAGGCUGCGCGCACCUCGUAUUGUGGCUGGAUUGUGACAGAGAGGGAGAGAAUAUAUGCUUUGAAGUCAUCAAUAUUGUGAAGUCGUGCCUCGUCAAGAACAUUGGCAAGCAACAGAUAUGGAGGGCGCACUUCUCCGCUCUAGCGCCUGCAGAUGUUCAAAGAGCCCUUAAGUCACUAGGCACUCCGAACAAAGACGAGAGCGACGCGGUGGACGCUCGACAAGAAUUAGAUCUCAAGAUCGGCGUGGCCUUCACGCGCUUUCAGACGAAACACUUUCAGGGAAAAUACGGAGACCUCGAUUCCUCUCUCAUUUCGUAUGGACCCUGUCAGACACCGACACUCCAAUUGUGUGUCCAGAGAAGCGAUGCCAUUCAAGCAUUCAAACCUGAAGAGUACUAUCAGAUCAAGCCGCUGGUGCGCGUUGGUGAACAAGAGCUCUCCUUGGAAUGGGCAAGAGGUCAAGUGUUUGAUCGGGUUGUUGCUCAAACGUUUCACGCAAUUGUACGGUACUGUGGACGUGUGGCAGUCGUGACAGCAGCCAAGCAAUCGGAGGAGGUUCUCGCAAUGCCGCAAGCUCUGAACACCGUCUCUCUCCUGAAGGCAGCGAGUCAGCGUCUUGGCAUUGGUCCACACCACGCGAUGCAGAUCGCAGAGCGCCUCUAUCUUGGGGGGUAUAUUACAUACCCGCGAACUGAGACUUGUUGUUACCCACCCUCCUUCGACCUUCAAGGUGCCGUGCAAGCGCAGACGACGAAUGCAUAUUGGGGCAUGCAUGCGCAGCAGAUCCUUGCCCGCGGAAUUGCCAAGCCACGCUCUGGCAUGGACGCUGGUGACCAUCCCCCGAUCACCCCCGUCCGCAGUGUCACUGAGAACGAAAUCGGGGGGGGUGAUGCAUGGCGCAUGUACGAGCUCGUCGCGAGGACCUUCUUGGCGACAGUCUCCGGAAACUGCAAAUUCAAGAAGCAAACGCUUACUCUCGCCAUCAAUGGCGAAAGUUUCACCACCUCGGCGCGCGUCUGCAUCGAUCCAGGCUUCACUGCUGUCCUUCGAGAGAGCGAGCUGAGAGACACGACCCUUCCAAACCUCAAGCCUGGCGAUGAAUUGCUGGUUCAAGGAGUCUCCAUCGUUGAUCGCAUGACAUCCCCGCCGUCUUACCUCUCCGAGUCUGACCUCUUGAGUCUCCUCGAGAAGCAUCGCAUUGGCACAGACGCCUCCAUGGCAACGCAUAUCAACAACAUUUGUGAACGGAAUUAUGUGUCUCUCACUUCGGGCAGACGACUUGAGCCUACCAAACUUGGCAUUUGCCUCAUCCACGGACUCAUGGCGAUCGACGCUGAACUUGUGCUGCCUUUCGUGAGAGCUUCCAUCGAGCAGCUCGUAGAUGUCAUUGCGAAGGGGAAGGCUCCCCGCGAGGCAGUGGUCCUUCAUUCACUCAACAUCUUCAAAGCCAAGUUCGCCUAUUUUGUAAACAAGAUUGAAAGGAUGGAUGCGCUCUUUGGCGUGACAUUUACUGCACUUUCAGCCACAGGCAACCCCCUCUCCCGAUGCGGCCGUUGUGGUCGCUACUUGAACUUCAUUGCGAGACGCCCCUUUCGGCUGUAUUGCAGAACCUGCGACGUUACUCUAGACGUCCCACAGACUGGUGCCAUUAAGCUCUACAAGGAGCUCAAGUGCCCGCUGGACGGCUACGAGCUGCUGCUUUCAGUCAAUCCAGGAGGCAAAGCCUUCCCCUUCUGCCCCCUCUGCUACAACGAUCCUCCCUUCGACACUCCUGGCACCCUCAUGAGCUGCAUGGACUGUCGUCAUCCCUCCUGCCGCCAUUCAAUCAACCGAGCUGGCGUCAUGCGCUGCCCUCAAGAAAAUUGUGAUGGCUUGCUCUAUCUCAAUCCGGUGUCUGCGCCAAGAUGGCGACUGGACUGCACUAUUUGCAGAUAUGAGCUUCUCCUCUUCGAAGGAGCCUUCAAGGUGGCAGUGACAGACGACGAAUGCGCAGAAUGCGGGAGCAUGAAGCUCGAUGUUGUUUUUUCCAAGACCAGUCCUCUCAAGGACGGAUCUACAGAACGCAAAGGCUGCGUGGUAUGCGACCCCGUGCUCAACGAAUUCGUGUCUAGCAGGCUGGGGAAUCUCGCGAGACAGAGAAGGGGGGGCUUUAGAGGACGAGGACGGCGAGGCUUCCGAGGAGCCCGCAAGGCACCAGUAGAUCCUAAACUCUCCUUCGACAGGUUCUAG